AUGGAUGAUAUAGAGUUUGGUACAUGGCUAGUUGAAGAGGCACCUAAAUUCAUCACCGAGAAAGAUAAGAAUGGACAAUCACCUUGGGAUAAAGCAUAUGAAAUUGGUCCUGCAUGGUUUAUAAAUGCAGUUCUGAUAAAGGAUCCAACUGUUUUUAGUAGUACGCCUUUGGUUUGGAUUAAAGCGUGUGAGAAAGGUCAUGUGUCAGCUCUUCAAGCUUUCGUCGACCAUAAUCCAGGAAAGUUUAGAGAUCUUUGUAUCAAACAUAAGGAUUCUCCUUUGCAUCAUAUAAAGCUUCACGAAAGUUUAACGGAGUAUGAAAAAUUUCUCAAGAUUGAACAUAUGAAAGAUCUAAUCAAUCUUCAAGAUUCUAAAGGGGCAACACCGUUACAUAAAGCAAUACGAAAUGGAGACUUAUUGUUGACGGAAUCGCUACUUAACAUGGAAAAGAUAAUCUAUGACAUCGAGGAUGAUGAAAAAUUAUCCGCCAUGGACCUGUUGGCUGAAGAAUGUGACGAGUCGUCUGAGGACAAGCACACAUGGGACCGAAUGUGCAAAAGAUUUGGACUAGAUCCAACGAUAAAUACGACAUACUUCAAAAGUAAGACGAAUUUAUUAGAUGUGCGGAGCUCACUAUUCAUUGUGGCGGCUUUGUUAGCAACAAUUACGUUCACAGCUGGAUUCACUCUCCCAGGUGGAUUCAAUCAAGAAACAGGAGCAGCACUUUUGGGAAAUAAGGCAAUUUUUCUAGUGUUUUUGAUAUCUGAUGCAUUAGCCUUAUUUUUUUCAAUGAUGGUGUUGAUUAGUCUGACAUGGUCUAUGGUUUACGAAGCCAGUAAAUCAUUGGUAUUGAUUGAUCGAAGUAUGGUGUUACUCCGUAUAUCACUUAAUUGUACUUUGGUAGCGUUUGUGAGCGGAGUGUAUACUGUUUUAGCCCCAAUGACAUUGUGGGCAGCUAUCCUUAUUGUUGUCAUCAUCACCGCUCUCAUCGGAAUUUCAUUGCAUAAGACUCUGUUUUAUAAUGUUCUAGAAAAGUUAACCCCUUCUCCAAAAAAGAAGGUCAGAAGCCGCAAAAGAGAUCAAACCCCUGCGGGGAAAUCGGGCAUCUCUGAUGAGAAGGAACAAUUGCUUAGUGAUAGCGGGGAGAACUCAACCAAAGACCCUGAAACUGGUAGCCACACGACAAACGAGGACUUAGACGCAAUAGUGUAAAGGAUGCAAGCUCCACCCCUUUCUAAAAAUGGAAACUGAGUUGUUGUUAACAAUCAUGGUUAAUUGGUUAUCAACUUAUCACUAUGCUAAACUCUACUUUGCUUUUUUUUUUUUUGAAAGGAAACUUUACUUUGCUUUCUAGUCUAUGAAGUUAUGUCAACUUCUUUCUCCUUACCGUUUUGAGUUUUGACUUGCUUGUGAAUGUUGAUUGUUAAUUGAUGCUUACUAUUUUUAUGAAGGAAAAUUUGGUAAUAUUAAUCCAACCUUUGGCCGGUUUUCUUUUAUUAAUCCCACCUACCACAUAUUUUUUAAUAAUUCCACCUUUAUUACCCAACGACUUUUAUUGGGCUUAAGUGACCGAUAACCGGUGAAAAAAUCAUUGAGAUGGUGAUGAAUUGAUGAUGAUGACUGAAUAUAUCGAGAGAGAGUACUUCCACGUAGGGACAUAUUAUCGCCUACAAUAGGUUUAUGACGUGUUGGGCCCAAUAAAAGUCGUUGGGUGGUAAAGGUGGGAUUAUUAAAAAAUAUGUCGUAGAUGGGCUUAAUAAAAGAAA